AUGUUUAGGUCAUCUCCACGGAGGAAUCAAAGAUCCAAAGGCUUCAAGGUGAAGCAUGCUGUACAACUCUGUCUCCUGCUUGCCGUUGGUCUCUGGAUGGUUUUCCAAGUGAGACACUCCCAUGAAAAGAAAGCAUCAUAUAGUAAAAGCAUAAAAGCCGACCGUGAAGUUUUGAAGUUGGGGAGGAAGGACCCCCAUCAUCCUGUUGUCGAUGCAAGGCGCAAAGACGACAACGAUGAAGAAGAGAGCAAGCACCAUGAACAACACAAGCUCGAUGACAUUAAUAGUGUGGAUGAUGAUGCGCUGUCGCAAAAGCAUGAGCAAAACAAUGAGGAGGAGUUUGAGCAUAGACAGGAUUCUGUAGAUCAAGAAAGAGAGAAUGAAGAGAAUUCUGAAAAUGCCACGACAGAUAAGGAAAGUGAGGGGCAUGACGAGAAAUUUAGUGAGGAAAAUGACAGUAAGGGGAUUCAAGAAAACAAAGAUGAAGGGGAAGACAAAGAGACAGGAGAGAGUCAACAGGAGAAUGAAGAGACAAAAGAGACAGAAAGCGAAGCUAAGGAGAGCGAAGAGAUCAGCGAAAAGGAACAUGUGGAGGAUAGUCAACAGCAAGACAAGGAAGAUAACCAUGAAGCAGAAAAAUACGAAGAGCACAAUAAGAUUCUGGAACAAAUUUCAUCAGAGGAUAAUGUUCAGGACGGGGAAACGAGCAGUGACGAGGCCAGAGAGGAGCAUUAUACAGGAGAUGCCUCCAGUGCUCUAGAUCAUAAAACGCAGGAUAUCUCAGAUGAAACCGAUAACAAGACAGAACAGUUCGAGAAGGGAGAUGAGAAUGAGUUUCAAAAGAACAAUUUCGAUAACAAGGAAUCAAUUUCAGAUGCAACAGUAUCAGAAACGACCGAAGAUACCGAUUCUUUAGUCACAACCAACCAAGGGGAUGGUAGUGAGAAUCAGACGCGGACAGAGGAUGAUUCAAAGAAGAGUUCCAAGGUAGAGUCAGAUGUGCAGCAGAAGGAGCAAAAUAACCCCACCACAGAUGAUGUAGAUCCUCUGGACUCGACAUUGAAGAAUGAGAGGGAUGCAACAUCUAGUACAACUGACAACCAUAUGAAAGCAUCUGGUGACACAAACUCCAAGGCAGAGGAGUCCAGCUUGGACAAUACCAUGCUAAAAACGGAAAAUUCUGAACCAGACGCCACAGAGAAGCAAGCUGAUUCCACUUCAUCUUCAUCGGGAACCCAUGACACAGAUGUUGCCAGUGGAGAAUUCAAGGAUAGCUCUAGUAAACCUGAGCAGGGUGAAAAAGCCGAGGAGAAUAUUUUAUUGUCCACUUCAAAUGAUACACUAAAUUCUAACCAAGAGGUGCAACUCGCUUCCUCUGAUACUUCAUCUAAACAGAAGAGAGAUAGAUCCUCGAAAUCAGAAUUUAAUGGUGUUUCUGGUCACAAUGACAAUGAAAACACUGAUCAGAGCAGGACGAGCAGUGAUGAAAAGGGCAGUGAUAAUGUAGAUACGAGCCAAGAACAAGCCAAUCCUUCUGACACUUCCUCGAAGCCGAACAAAGAUGAAUCCUUAAUCUCGGAAAAUAAAAGUGAUGCUAACAAGAGUAAUUUCCAUGACAAUGAAGUUGACGACAAUGUGAAUGCUAGUCAAGAUGUGCCAAUCAGUACCUCUGAUUCUUCGAAUCCUGAAGAUAAAGAGGCUUCCUCUGACGGGACGGCUGAUUUAGGGCAGAAUGAAAAUGAGAGCACCGAUCAGAGGGAAACGCAUGAAAAUGAAGAUGGAGAUCAAAAUGUGUCAGCUGAAUCUCAAAAUGGGAAAGAGGACGCAGUAAACUCAAACGACAAUAGCAAUGCCGAUUCUUCAAUCCAUGAGGAUAUUAAAGAGGCUCGAAUGGAUUUGGGAACUUUGCCAGAGGGCAACCCAGAAACCAAUCAUCACAAUGAUGAUACAGCCACGGAGAGAUGAUUGAAAUAAAUCAAUUAUACAUUGCAGCCAGCUUCUUUCUUAUAUAUCAUGAGAUGUGUAUUGAGUCAUUGCAUAGCAUAGCUAAUAUGCUAUGAAAUUUUAAUUUUGUCAAUUUGAUAUGCAUAACAUUCUUCGGGGUCCAGCCAAAAACAUCAGAAAUACGGCGGGGAGCAUUCUUCAGUCAUUUCUAUAUGUAUAAUCCACUCGGACCAGCUUAU